AAUCAGACCCCGUGGUCGACCGUGGUCUACCUAUCACCGAAUUAUCACUGCAACAGUCAAAUCUUACAGUCUGUUUGCACUGCAAGCUGCGCAGGGAUUUGUGACUUGCCGUAGUGGUUUGAUCUAUCCAGUCGUUUUUUUUCUUUUUCUCUCUUUCUCUCUUCUCCAAACAUCUACAUAAGUGGUCCUUUCCCUAUACCCGCGACUGCCUAUUCCCGCCGGUCUUUUGCUGUAUGAAGACCCGUCGAAGUUGAAUCCUCCUGUUUUCAUUUCAUUCUCUCCCACUCAGAACUUGAAUGCCACUCGUCGCUUCUGUUCGGACUUCGAGAGAAAGCCUCCAAAUCCUGCACUAUGUCGGCUCCUCUUGUCAAGGUUCUUCAUAGAAUGCAAGAACUCUUCACAAACAUUGUUGCAGCCUUGGAGGCAAUGCUGCUGUUUCCAUCUCUCUUCCGGAACUCGUCCCGUAAGCGGCGGAAAGCGUUCCAGGGAGCAUACCGGGGGCGACGGACGCUGGACGAUUUUGCGAAUGAGAUUGAUCGUCUGCUAACGACACCCUUGUCUGUGCAAAAUAUGAUUGCAAUGUCAGGCAAAAUUCGCGCCCAGUUCACGUCCUGUCUCCAAGCAAGCCCCGUAUGCAUGUUACCAUCCUAUAAUCACGCUCUCCCUUCAGGGGCAGAAAAAGGAACGUACUUGGCGCUAGAUGUGGGAGGCUCCACGCUCCGCGUAGCCUUGGUGGAACUGCGUGGCCACGGGGAGAUGCGUGUUCUUCAUAUGUCUUCCUCGUCAAUUGACAAUGAUAUCAAAUUGCUGGAGGGCACCCUGUUCUUCGACUGGAUGGCGACAAAAAUCGACUCCAUGUUACAAGAAGUAAGCUCAAAUUAUGGCCGGGAGGAUUCUCCACUUUCCAUGGGUUUGUCCUGGUCGUUUCCCAUUGAACAGACAUCAAUAAACAGUGGCUUGGUAAUACACAUGGGCAAGGGGUUUCAUUGCUCCAAUGGCACGGUUGGGCAAGAGCUCGGCAACCUAAUUGUCCAGUCCUGCAGGACGCGCGGUUUGAAUGUCGAGGUGGAUGCUAUCGUCAACGACAGUUCCGCAACUCUUCUAUCUCACGCCUAUCUCGAUCCAGCAGCUCGCAUGUCCCUCAUUCUGGGAACUGGGACCAAUGUGGCGAUUCAUUUUCCAGUGCAUCAGGUUGGAUUGACCAAGUUCGGCACCAGACCCCCAGGUUGGUUUGAUUAUGCCAAACACGUUAUCAUCAAUAGCGAGAUGAGCAUGUUUGGUGGUGGUGUUUUGCCUAUGUCGCGAUGGGAUGAAAUCCUCAACAGCACCCAUCUUCGGCCUGACUAUCAGCCUCUGGAGUAUAUGAUCACUGGCCGUUACCUCGGCGAGAUCGUUCGGCUUAUCAUUGUCGAAGCGGUGGAGACAGCGCAACUAUUCGGAGGCAAUCUUCCUCACUCGAUGCGAGAUGCCUAUUCCUUUGAUACCAGUAUCAUUGCUUACAUAGAGGCUGAUGGAUCAACGAGCUUAACUCCAUCGGCUACCCUUCUGCAGAAGGAACAUACUUUCGGCGCACCGCCUUCAGUGGAGGACUUGCAGUUUCUUCGGCGCGUCUGCCAGGUUGUCUCCAAUCGAGCCGCAGGUUACCUUGCGACAGCGAUUUAUAGCAUGUGGUGUUUGCGCAAUGAGGCAGAAUAUCCCGAACUUAAAGACCCAGCCACCGCUUCGCUGAAAGAGAUGCAAGAGGUGACCGUGAUCGAAAGCGAGAUCAGCCCACUUAGUUUGUCAAUUGCCUGCGAUGGCAGUGUUAUCAACAAGUAUCCUGGAUUUAGAGAUCGUUGUCAGGGCUAUUUGGACGACCUUGUCAAGGAGACCAACCAUUUGCAGCCAUUAUCCACUUCGUCGGCCGCACCUUACAUUCGCCUUGACCCUGCUCCGGACAGUGCUAUCGCUGGAGCCGCAGUUGCUGUAGCAGUGGCACUUGUGGAGAAGAAAAAUGAGUAGGCAUGGCGAGAUCAACCUGGUUCAGUGAGCGAUCGUGCUUGCCAAACACAUUCCAGAUUGCUCAGUUCGUCCAAAUAAAC